AUGCUUUCGAAUGAAUACCAGUACAAUUUGGAGUUUUUCCAGUAUAAGCUACAUGCAACUGGCGUACAGGCCAUAUGCCGUGACGUUUACGGUGGCCAGGACUAUCUCCCUACGCUUCUAGCGGAAAGAUAUGGCUCGGAAGGCUCGUCUGUCGCAAGCAACGACCCAUGUGUGGAGCGGUACUACGUGUUGUGCAGGUCGAAACCGAGCGCCGUCCACAGAGAGGCUGUUGCCGACGCUGAAGACACCAUUGAUCGAGUCGAUGCACCUCUUGUUGCAGCGGUAGGUGGGUACUUUCUGCUCUCUCCUGGACACUACUGGAUCCAAGGCGUUCGCGUUGCAGCGGCGCAGCGGGGCAAGGGACUCGGUCUGGGGAUCACGUCGGCUGUGGUGCGAGCACUGGAACAACUUGGCAAGAACUCGCAACAGACGCUACACCUCUGGUCCUGUACGAUAACGGACAACAAGCCGAUGCGUCGCAUCUUUCGAAAACUUGGUUUUGUCGAGUUCCAGAGGUGUUGGCUGUGGCCGAGUCCCACGUUCAUGCAAAUCCUCCGGAGGAUCGAUGAACGCAUCGCCUCAGCACCGAACCAUGUUCGUGAGACGUUUGCAACAAUGCUGAAGGCUACCCGCUGGGAAACGCCUGCAGAGGAAUCCUCUGAACCCUGCAUCAUCGACGCAUCCACAGAUCAGAGGGUCUCUAUGCAACCCGAGUCGUUCUGGGAAACGGUACCCAGUCCGGCCAGUGCCUUUGAGGCGCUCACCCGACACCGGCUCUGUGUUCCACUUUACUACUGGUGCUUACCGCCCGAAGCACUCGAGAAGGGUGCGAUCUCUGUGGACUGGCUCUGGAUAGGCCAAUACAAAGGCGAGGACCGUGCUCUCGGUUGGAUCUUUGUGUAUCGGGAGCCGCUGAUCCAAACGAGCGAUCCAACAGUGGCGGGAGUGAUUGCCUCUUCUUGCAAGGUACUGCUGUCAGCUGUACAACAUCUGAACCGCAUGUUUCCUCGGUUCCGAACGGUCAUGGAUACGAGCUUGUUCCCGUCUAAUGAGUGCCGUAUACCUGAAGGCUUUCGUCGCUGGUCAGCGGCAUCCCAAAUGGUAAAUGUGUAUCGAAAACUAGAGCUGAAAAACGCGGAAUCGGAAGCGAGGAGCGAUUGCGUCGGGCAACGCCCUGGGGCGUUCGCAUGCCUGACACCUCAGUGUGCCGCAGAGUGA